GGCGCCGGAUCCGCAUCCACCAUCUCUCGGUGGGGGCCAUGGACUACUCGGCGAGCAGCAAGCGAGCGCUGGAGUGGGUCGUCCAAAACCUGCUCCGCCGGGGCGACACCGUCGUCGUCCUCCACGUCCAGCGCCACGGCGGGGAGGAGGCCAAGCACGUUGUCUGGGCCAAGUCCAGAUCCCCGCUCAUCCCUCUGUCCAAGUACCGGGAGCCGGAGGUGAUGAAGAACUAUGGUGUGACCUGCGAUGCCGAGGUGCUCGACACCACCGCGCGCCAGCGUCAACUGAAGGUGGUGGCCAAGGUGUACUGGGGCGACGCCAGGGAGAAGCUCUGCGACGCGGUAGAGGAGCAGAAGAUCGACACCAUCGUCAUAGGCAGCCGCGGCCUCGGCACCAUCCAGAGAUUUGUAGGUUGCAUGGUGACAAUUUCACCAUGAGAAUCGUCCGUCCGUCCGCGGGUGGUGAUUGGCAGGGAGAAGGUGGUGCUAGGGAUCUUGAAGACGGUGAAGAACCCGCGCAGCACCGUGCUCAACACCUCUGUGAUGGCGUGCACUGCUCUGUGUCCAUUCAUGCUUCGCAAAGGGGGAGCUAGAUGUAAGAUGUACGGCAACGGGAAUGGUGAGCUGGGACAACCAGGUCAAGUCCCUUCUCUACAUGUUGGUUUUGCUCCCUUGCUCAACAGUAAAUGACAUAUCACAUUUUCAGAACGUAUGAUGCAGCAAAAUUUGUGUGCUACCCUUUGUUUGUUAGUUGUUAUUUUGUGAUACACCUUUGCUCAAAUACCAAU